AUGCAGCUAUCUUCGGUCACCGCGACCGCUAAAACCAAGCAACCACUGCUCAUUGUUGAAGCGUGGUCCGGAGACGACGUGGCCUUAGAGAUGGCCCAGCCCGAACGUGCCCUUAUGGUUGCAGUGAAGGUUGUACUACGGGCUGCAACAUGCCGCUUGUGGGUCUGUGAAGCACUCUUUAGCAUGAAGCAGCUGUCUACCGCUCCCGUCACGUUGUCCGAAGGCCCGACGCCAUCCGCAACUGCAUUCGUUCUGAACAGCGCACAGAGCGCAUUAGACUGGUGCAUGCGCUCCGCGGUGGAGCUGGCUCCGUGGGAGCGAAGCGCUGUCAGCAAAGAAGAGUUGCUUCGGUCGUAUUCGCAAGAGCAAGUGCAGCUCAUCGCAGAUAACAUUCGCAACUUCAAGACGCAACAGGAACUCAUAAUGCGAACGCUGGAGGACAUUCGGAAGGAGCUCAGGUGCAUUCCGCACUGUCGCUGCGAGUCUGGGGCUCAGCAACAACCGGAUUUUGCUAGUCAAUAAGUGGCAAUCAUUGACGCGGGUCGUGAAAGCUUUAUUUAGUAACAAGUAUGCAGCAUUUCAUUUAAA